GUGGAGGGACACCACAUUUUAUUUACCCCAUGCCUGGGUAAGGUGCCUAGGUAGUCCUGGUAGCUAGUCUGCCACCACUUCGCUCCUGCUCCUCCCCCAGCCGAUCGAUCACUCGUCAACCAUCCGUUGGCACAGACAGGCCCACCUCGCCCGUCAAGCUUGCUUGCUUGAAUGAUUGAUUGAUUGAUUGAUGGACUGGCCUGACUGCCUGCCUGACGAUUUCCCCGUCUCCACUGCCGCCCGCUCCAGUCUUUCUCGUCUCCGCCUCCCGCGCUGUAGUCCCGCCUUCGUGCUUGUGCCUGGCCAGUCAGCCAGUGGUGUGCAUGAUUCUUGUUUCCCACUUGGCAGACUGCUUGCUAUCUAUCUAUCAAAAUACGGGGCCGUAUCCGACUCUGCCUCUGCUGUCUCUGGUACACUCCACCUGUGUUCUCCUCAGUGGCCUUGUCUUUUCGAUCUUGGGGUUUUUUUUUCCUCUUGUCUUUCUUUUUGCCUUCUCCUCUUUAGAAUUGUUCUUCCCACACCACAUACACUCCCUCACCACCACCACCACCACCAACAUCAACAUCACCAGCUCGCCUACCGACUCCCUUUAUGCCAUCAUAUGCGUGCCUGGCACGAGUUCGGGAGACACAGACAGACACAGCGACGGCGGUAAAGGUGCCAGCAGCAGCAGCAGCAGCAGCAGGAUCACGAGCACGAGCACGAGCACGGGCACAAGCACAGAGACAGGAACACGCACUCACACAAGGGCCAGCUCCGACCCCGCCGACCACUCAUCUUGUCUAUUAGUGUGUGUGUGUGUGCAUGUGCGCGCGUGUGUCAGUACGUGCGUGUGCUUGCGCCCACCCUGCCUAUCUAUCUACUUACCUACUGUCUAUCUAUCUGUCCGCUCUUGCUAUUUGUGACCAGAGUCGCGUCAUCCCACUUGGAACCCGGCUGGUUUCCUAACUCCUCAUAGUCCCGCCCGUUGCCCGAUCUUCAACCGCACCGACCCCCUUCCUUCCUCCCCCCCCACCACCACCCAUCCCCCCUCCGAACCGCACCCGCACCCGCACCCGCACUACUUGCACUUGUACUUGCACUUGUACUCGCACUUGCACUUGCACUGGCCGCGCCUCCUCCUACCGCAAAGGGGCAACGGCCGACGCCAUCCUGAACUGUCACUGGAUCAUGGACCGUCGAUGAAGGGGGCGCGUCUGACCGCCACGCUUUCCUUCAUCCCGUCUGCCCGUCCUGACCAUCUCGGCACCCUGUACUAGCGGCUUGACUGCUGCCCGCCGCCCGCCGCCCGACGGAGCUUCCCUGCCCAUACUCUUGUCCCUGCCCUGCUGCAACUCGGUCGUCUCGCCCUGCAGAGACACCCGCAGGCGGACCCGGCACAACCACCUCACAACAAUGGGUUCGCUUGCAACGCUGCUGCCAACUGCCCAGAAUGCAAGCCCCCCCGACCCCGUCAUAACCCACGCCCCGGACGAGCUCGACGAUCUAUCCUACCUCGUCGAGGUCCUGCGCUCCGUCGAGACCGAGCAGCACAUCGAGCAAGACUUGAUCAGCAGGGCUGCUGAAUUGGGCAUCCCCCCGCCGCCCUCGCCGUCCCAAGACCACCUCAACUGCCCCGACCCCGACUCCGGCGACGCCCUCUCCUCCACCCAUGCUCGUAAUACCUCCUCCGCCUCAGACAACACCGCAGACACAGCCAUGACUUCGAAUCCCCCCUCGCGACCGGAUACCGGUGCAGGCCAACGCGAGAACCCCCCUCCCCUCCCAAGCUCGAGGGCAAGGGCGCGGAGCCUCAACUUUUCCACCUACGAUAAGUACCUGGCCCACUUGGAACCGAACCUAUGCCAGCCCAAGAUCCUCAAGCGACCGCCUACGCCCACCGACAACGCUCCGAGCAUAUUCAGUGUCAGCACGAGGAAGAGCUACAUCAGCAUAAAAAACGGCCUCAAGGCCAAGGUGCGCUGGAAACGACAGUCUCAUACAUCGAGUACCACUUUGUCCUGCAUAUGCUGUCGCGACGACUUCAACAAGCAAAAUGAUCUCCAGACACUGCCUUGUGGUCACACCUACUGCGGGAACUGCCUGCGGAUCAUGAUAGAGCAGUCCACGACCGACGAGUCAAAGAUGCCACCGCGGUGCUGCACACAACCCAUCCCGUCCACGACGAUCCGGAAUCUCCUCACCCGCGACGAACAGCAGCUGUUCCUCAAGGCUGUUCAGCAGUACAGCACGCCCUGGGAGGCCCGUAUCUUCUGUCCCAACCCCUGCUGCAAUGAAUUCAUUCCACCUCGGAGCCGCAUCGACCCCAAACACCCUUUUGACGUGGUCUGCCGGGAAUGCAGGACCAGGGUGUGUAUCUGGUGCAAGAGGGAUGCGCACCCGGUGGGUCAGGAUUGCCCCAACGAUCAUGAGCUAGACCAGGUGCUCCGGAUGGGGGAGAAGUCGGGCUGGAGGAGGUGUUACAAAUGCCGCACCCUGGUGGAACUGACACAGGGUUGCACUCACAUGACGUGCCGGUGCAAGGCUCAGUUCUGCUACAUUUGCGGUGCUGUGUGGGACCCGGCCGUGGGUUGCCCAAACUUUUGUAACGGGGAGGAGGAGCUUGAGCGGCGGAGGAUGGAAGAGGCCGCGCGAGAAGCCGAGCUCGAGGCCGAAAAGGCUGCCCAGGAGGCUGCAGCCGCCGCGGCAGAGCGAGAGCUUCAGCUGGCAGAGAAGAGAACACAGGCCUGCGAGGAGUUCAAAAAGCUGAAGGAGGAGCAGGACGAGGAGAAGUGGCGGUUUCGAACAUUUGAAAGGAAGACCAAGUGGGUCAUGUGGACACGGCAUGAGGAGCGAAAACACAAGCUCAAUGAGAAGUACUCGGACCAGAUCGACAAGAUGAAGGAGCGCCACGCCAAGACCGAGCAACAUCUCGAGGAGCGCCAAAUCGCUGCCGAGAUCGAACUGCGGGCGUCGCUGGAACAGGCAGAGAAGAGCGUGCGCAUCCGCGUCAAACACAUGGAGGCAUAUUGCAAGGCUCUGGGCAGGUCGUCGAUGAGCGGGGCCGGGAGCGACAUGCCCCCUCGCGUCAUCACCGAGCGGCACCUUCGUGAACUGGGACAACAGCAUAAUGCGCUUGAGGGCAUGGCUAGGUUGCAUCAGGCAAAGAUUAAUGUGCUCCGGGAUCGCCAGGCCAAGCGCAUGGAGGAACUGCUCGAGCGUCAGGAAUCCGAGCUGCAGAGGCAGCGGGAGAAACGCGAUCAGGAGAUGGAGGACCUCGUCGCGGAGCUCGCCAACGAGGAGGACGCGCUGGCCAAGGUGUUCAAGGAUCGCAGGGAACGGCUGGUCAGGCGGUGGGAACUCUCCAUCGAGAUACUGCGGGUCACGAAAGAGAAAGAGACAGGUGCCAAAUUUGCACCGAUACCCGUCCCGGCCUGGCCUACUGAGGCACCAUCCUGCGUGGACGGCCCAGGCCCCGAGGAUGAUGUCUUGGCUGUGGUUCACGAGGAGGAGGAAGCCCGAGGGGAGACUGAAGCAACGGCCAUCGAAUCAUAACCCACGACGAAAUCGGCGCAUGACGGAAUGCCACACUGACGAGCGGAAUCGAUUUCACCUACGAUCACAUCUACGGCUUGCGCCACUAAUUCGACUGGGAACAACCACUUGCAGGACGGGUCACUGCUUAUUUCACCAUGGUAUAUCCUUUGCCACCAAAUGUCGAUUCAGCUGAUAGAGAAAGAAUAGGACACAGGCCGCGUUCAAGUGCUGACCGGACUGUCGAGAGAUGUCUCGCGCGCAUCGAGUCGAUUGUUAUUUUCAUGGAUAUGUCACAAAUUACUUGUUCAUCUGCUCGGUCGUCUGGUGGCGGCAAUUGGAAGGGGCACCCUAGCAUUUGCUUGUCUCAUCUUCAUUUUGUUUAGCGAUUUGCGAUAUACCAUUUCUCGCUUUCAUCUGCUUGUUUUCUUGAAUAGGAAGGAAGGGUUUUUCGGGGGUGGGGGGUGCCGGUAUGGUUGAUUGCAUCGGAAUUGGGUGGUAUUUUUUUUUCUUCGCGGCGUCAUCUUCCGGCAGGGCUUCGAGAGAGUGGCGAGAGCAGUCUAAUAAAAUGAGGUUGGAAUCGUCAAGGCGUGUCUGUUCGCAGGGGGGGCUGGCUAUUGAAGUCAUCAGCAUCACCGUGUAUAACAAGUGCAGCCGAGAUCUCAGAUCCUCCCCAAUGUCCGAGGACGUUCGAUAAGCGAAGUCAUAUUUAGGAGACUGAGAUACAGCACUGGUGAAUCAGGCUUGAUUUCGUCCGUGCCGCCGAGUUAGUUAAAGGGUCCGAGGGUCGAUGCCUGUAUCACCUUUUCCCGAUCCCGAGUGGUACCUGGCUGAUGCGUUCCAUCACGGUGCCUGAUCUUCAGGAGGCGUAAGUGGCGGUACCGAUUGUGCAGAUGUUACAAUAAACCAUCCAUCUGGACGAGUCACACUCAAGCGGUCCAUACCCUAGGGUAAUACUGCUCGGGUCCAGCGCCAGACAUCGAUUACCAU